AUGGAGUCCUUCUAUGGCAAUCACUCUCUCGCUGUGACGCUCUCCAACACGUCAGGACCGUAUUCCUCCGAGAACAGGGCACCCCCUGUGGAUAUCAGGGUCCACGCCGUCCUUGACGUGGAAUGGCACCCGGACGAGGGAAACCAAGAAGAGAUCUUUCCUGUUCUCGUGUGCAGACACCUGUCCACCCAUCCGUUCAUGGGAAACGCAUCCCACGUGAAAAAGGAUGACAGAAUCAAGUUCAAGCCUCCCGAAAGCUCCAACCUCGUCAUGCUCCCCAUGCCACACGACCCCGAUUUCGACCCUGUCGCGCACAUCCAGAGGCUGGACACGUCCACCACACACGUCUACCUCGGCGCAUGGCGCUACGAGGACAAGGUGAAGUCACCAUGGUGGGAAGGUGGACAGAAAAUGUUCAGCUUCAGGGAAUAUAUGGAUUGGUACAUGAAGAAGAUGGAAAUGAGGGAUCUGAGGGAUCAGAUGGUAUGGACUGGUUUCUGA